CUUCUCACCGGCUUCCUUCCGAUAACGAAGGGAAGGCAGCGCAAAAUGCACGCAGGCGAAAAGAUUCCGAGAGAAACGCAACGGAACAAGAAGGUCUCCUCUCGAUCAGGAUCAGGUGCCACCGCGCAGGGUAGGAGCAGCUCGCCGCCUCGCCGAGGCCGUCGAGUCUAGGCGAGCAGGAGAGGGAGGAGAAGGGAUGCAGCCGCCGGCGACCGCUGGCCCGGGAGCCGCGGCGGCGCACCCGUGCCUGAGGACUCACGGGAAGGAGGUCGCCUGGCUGCACCUGGUCGACUGGAUCGUGCUCCUCCUCCUCGUCGCCAUGUACGGCGUGCUCGGCCUGGUCCAGCCCUUCCACCGGUUCGUCGCCGGAGACAUGAUGGCGGCCCUCCGGUACCCCAUGAAGGACAACACCGUGCCCGGCUGGGCCGUGCCGGUUAUUGCCAUCGUUGUGCCGAUGGUUUUCAUCAUCGGAGUAUACGUGAAGAGGAGGAACGUCUACGAUCUGCAUCACGCCAUUCUUGGCCUUCUGUUCUCGGUUCUUAUAACAGCCGUCCUGACAGUCGUGGUCAAGGACGCUGUAGGUCGGCCGCGCCCGGACUUCUUUUGGCGCUGCUUUCCUGACGGAGUGCCGAUGUACAACAACAUCACCGGAGAUGUCAUGUGCCACGGAGACCCGAAAGUAAUCAAAGAGGGGUACAAGAGCUUCCCCAGUGGGCACGCUUCAGGUUGUUUUGCGGGGCUUGGAUUCCUGUCAUGGUAUCUGGCCGGCAAAAUCAAGGCUUUCGAUCGAAGAGGCCAUGUCGCCAAGCUCUGCAUCGUCCUUCUGCCUCUGCUUCUUGCGUCAAUGGUCGCCGUGUCGCGAGUGAGCGACUACUGGCACCACUGGCAGGAUGUCUUCGCUGGUGGACUCCUUGGAUUGGUGGUUGCUUCAUUUUGCUUCCUUCAGUUCUUUCCACUGCCAUACGGUGAACAUGGAUUUUGGCCUCAUGCAUACCUUGAACACCUUCGUCGGCCUGCGUGUGAAAGCCGAGUGCUGUCAACAACAAACUCGAAUAUGCACCAUCAGUCACAGUCACUUCAUCUUUCUGGAACGAGCGAGCUGAGAACCAGCAGCCAAGCGCUGGGUUCCAUGGAAGAAGGAAGCAGGGACCAGUGACUGAAGAGUGCAAGCAGGGGCGGAGCCAAGAAUUUUGUUUUCCUUUUGUGUGUGUGUGUGUGUGGGGGGGGGGGGGGGGAGGGCAGUAAACAUGGUCAAUAUAUAGUUAUAAUUAGGUGGUCAACAAAUUUGUGAAUUGAAUAUAUAUUUCACCGUAUUCGCUAACUUCUAGCUGCCCUGCUCUCGGUAAUAUAGAAAAUCAUAAUAUGAUUCCGCAAAGGCAAAUAUUAAAAAAUAA